CGAAAGUAGCUAAAUGCCUACGUGGCUCCUAUUGCGAAAUGGAAUGACCGGUGUCUUCAAGGACAACUAAAUGUAAAUUGUAAAGGUGAAGCACUACAGAGGUAAAGUGUACAACACUUUUGGGAGGUAGGAGGAAGAGAAAUCUGGAUAAGACUCCAUCUAUAGUGAAAAUCCCUCAACAAAACAAUGACAUGUACCAAGAGUGGUCUUUCGUUCAGCCUGUCUGAGACUUGCAAUCUCCACAUUCAAGUGACUGUCUGUUAUUAUAAGACAUUAGUUCCAUUUCGAUGGAUCCAGUAAACCCUGAGCAGCAAGGUGGUUGUGACUCUCAGCUUCCAACAAACCAAGAACAUUCAGAAGAUCAUACAUGUCAAGGAACUCAUAAGAGAAACCAUAUCACCAAACUUCUCGGACACUGACUCUAAGCAUCAACCAGACUCUGACCUACUUCUUAAUGACAGUGAGGAUGCAACAAUAUAAGCUGAUCCGCAAACUACGAGAGCGUGUAAAAAUUCUAAUCCCUCCAAUGCCACUCACCCUAAUUCCCCCAUAGGCACGUUUCCUCCCUCCUUCACAUACAUAGUACAGUCCUAAAACCCAAGGAAAACACCUUCCAUCAGGCCAAAUGGACACAAGGUCUCAACAUCAGGCAGAUGCUAAUUCUCAACUCACUACAAACAUUGAUUCUAAACCCCAAGCAGACUCUAGUGCUCAUCCCCAAACAGACACUGACAUUCAACCCCAGACAGACACUGGCACUCAACCCCAGACAGACACUGGCACACAAACUCAGACAGACACUGACAAACAAUUCCAGACAGACACUGGCACUCAUCCUCAGACAGACUCUGGUGCUCAACCCCAGACAGACAUUGACACUCAACCUCAGACAGACAUUGGCACUCAACCACAGACAGACACUGGCACUCAACCCAAGACAGUCACUGGUGCUCAACCUCAGACAGACACUGGUGCUCAACCCCAGACAGACACUAACGCUCAACCUCAGACAGACAUUGGCACUCAACCCCAGACAGACACUGAUGCUCAACCCCAGACACACACUGGCACUCAACCCAAGACAGACACUGACGCUCAACCCCAGACAGACACUGAUGCCCAACCCCAGACAGACACUGACACUCAACCCCAGAAAGACACUGACGCUCAACCCCAGACAGACACUGACACUCAACCCCAGACAGACACUGACUCUCAACCUCAGACAGACACUGAUGCUCAACCCCAGACAGACACUGACUCUCAACCCCAGACGGACAAUGACUCUCAACCUCAGACAGACACUGACACUCAACCCCAGACAGACACUGGCACUCAAUCCCAGACCGACACUGACACUCAACUCCAGACAGAUACUGUCACUCAACCCCAGACUAACACUAGCACUCAACCCCAGACAGACACUCACACUCAACCCCAGACAGACACUGGCACUCAACCCAAGACAGACACUGGCACUCAAUCCCAGACCGACACUGACACUCAACUCCAGACAGAUACUGUCACUCAACCCCAGACUAACACUAGCACUCAACCCCAGACAGACGCUCACACUCAACCCCAGACAGACACUGGCACUCAACCCAAGACAGACACUGUGCACUCAACCCCAGACAGACACUGGUGCUCAACCUCAGACAGACACUGACAUGCUCAACCCCAGACAGACACUGACACUCAACCCCAGACAGACACUGACACUCAACCCCAGACAGACACUGGUGCUCAACCCCAGACAGACACUGGUGCUCAACCUCAGACAGACACUGGUGCUCAACCUCAGACAGUCACUGGUGCUCAACCUCAGACAGACAUUGGCACUCAACCACAGACAGACACUGGCACUCAACCACAGACAGUAACUGACAUUCAACCACAGACAGACACUGACGCUCAACCCCAGACAGUCAUUGGUGCUCAACCUCAGACAGACACUGGUGCUCAACCUCAGACAGACAUUGGCACUCAACCCCAGACAGACACUGACACUCAACCCCAGACAGACACUGGCACUCAGUCCCAGACCGACACUGACACUCAACCUCAGACAGACAUUGGCACUCAAUCACAGACAGUAGCUGACACUCAACCCCAGACAGACACUGAUGCUCAACCCCAGACAGACACUGACACUCAACCCCAGACACACACUGGCACUCAACCCAAGACAGACACUGACGCUCAACCCCAGACAGACACUGAUGCUCAACCCCAGACAGACACUGACGCUCAACCUCAAACAAACAUUGGCACUCAAUCACAGACAGUAACUGGCGCUCAACCCCAGACAGACACUGAUGCUCAACCCCAGACAGACACUGACGCUCAACCCCAGACAGACACUGAUGCUCAACCCCAGACAGACACUGAUGCUCAACCCCAGACAGACACUGACGCUCAACCUCAAACAAACAUUGGCACUCAAUCACAGACAGUAACUGGCGCUCAACCCCAGAUAGACACUGAUGCUCAACCCCAGACAGACACUGACUCUCAACCCCAAACAGACACUGACGCUCAACCCCAGACAGGCACUGAUGCUCAACCCCAGACAGACACUGACGCUCAACCCCA